UCUAGGGAAGGAGUUUGUUGUUUCUCCAGAUCCUUUCAUUCCGUGAUCACUUUAAAUUGAGAUUAAAAUCUGUACAUUUGAUCGGUAAAGUUGGUGAACUUGUCAAGACAAGAAAAUAAUGUCGCUGUCUACAGCACGCUCGUUCCUGUCAGAAGCCGGUUACGGAGAGCAAGAGUUAGAUGCUAAUUCUGCUCUAAUGGAACUGGACAAAGGGCUACGGUCCGGGAAGCUCGGCGAACAGUGCGAGGCGGUGGUCCUUUUCCCCAAACUCUUCCAGAAGUACCCGUUCCCCAUCCUCAUUAACUCCGCUUUCCUGAAGCUAGCGGACAUCUUCCGACUCGGGAACAACUUCCUGCGCCUGUGCGUGCUGAAGGUGACGCAGCAGAGCGAGAAGCACCUGGAGAAGAUCCUGAACGUGGACGAGUUCGUGAAGAGGAUCUUCUCCGUGAUCCACAGCAACGACCCUGUGGCCCGGGCCAUCACACUCCGGAUGCUGGGAAGCAUGGCCUCCAUCAUCCCGGAGCGCAAGAGCGCACACCACAGCAUCCGGCAGAGCCUGGACUCCCACGACAACGUGGAGGUGGAGGCGGCCAUCUUCGCCGCGGCCAGCUUCUCCGCCCAGUCACAGGAUUUCGCUGCAGGGAUUUGCAAUAAAAUAAGCGAGAUGAUUCAAGGCCUGGACACCCCGGUGGAUCUGAAGCUGAAGCUGAUCCCCACGCUGCAGCACAUGCACCACGACGCUGGGCUGGCCUCCUGCAGCCGGGAGCUCCUCCAGCAGCUGCUCACCUCCUACCCCUCCACACACAUGGUCAUCACCAGCCUGCACACCUUCACCCAGCUGGCCACCUGCUCCCUCAUACACAUCCCCCAGCAGAUCCAGCUCUUGCUGCGGUACCUGAAAGAGGACCCUCGCAGGGCGGUGAAGAGGCUCUCCAUCCACGACCUGAAGCUGCUGGCCAAGAGGGCCCCUCACCUGUGGAGCAGGGAGAACACACAGACGCUGUGUGAGUGUGCUCUCAGUAUCCCCUACAACAGUCUGAAGCUGGGCAUGCUGUCUGUGCUCUCCACCCUGUCUGCCAGCAUCGCCAUCAAACAGUACUUCAGCUCGAACACAGCCCCCGCCCGGCCCACUGACCUGGUCCGCCUGGCGCAGGAGAGCUGUUACCACAGCAACCUGGCGGUGGCCGCGCACGGCGUGACGGUCCUGUGCAACAUCGCCAUUUCCUGUCCGGAGAAAGAGGUGCUGCAGCUGGAGCAGGACACUGUUUUGGGGGUGGAGUCUCUGCUGGUGAUGUGUUGCCAGGACGACAGCCCCAGCGCCCAGGCGACGCUGAAGACGGCGCUGACCUCCCUGGUGCGGUUGCUGCGGAGCCGGCCCCACCUCAGCCAGCCGGCGGUGGACUUCCUGCUGAGCCAGCUGUACCACGCCCGCGACCCCGCCCGCGACCCCGCCCGCGACCCCGCCCGCGACCCCGCCCGCGACCCCGCCCGUGACCCCGCCCGCGACCCCGCCCGCGUGCUCAUGUGCCACGCCCUGGCGGCCAUCGCCACGCACAUGCCCGUGCUGGGGGAGGGCAUGCUGGGAGAUCUGAUGGAGCUGUACCGCGUCGCAGGCCGAUCGACCUCCGACCGACAGCAGGAGCUGCUGGUCUCCCUGGCGACGGUGGUGUUUGUGGCCAGUCAGGCGUCUCUCUCGGCCGAGGUGAAGACUGUGAUCAAGCAGCAGCUGGAGGACGUGGCCAACGGCUGGACCGUGUACCGCAUCGCCCGCCAAGCCUCCCGCAUGGGCUGUCAUGAGCUGUGCAGUGAGCUGUACCAGAGCCUGCGCACGCGUGUGGCGUCGGAGCAUUUCUACUUCUGGCUGAACAGUCUGAAGGAGUUCUCCCAGGCUGAGCACUGCCUGAGCGCCCUGCAGGAGGGGGACUACAGCGGGGCUAUGGCCGCCAUCGCCGAGGCCCUGCGCGCCUAUCAGAAGGGCAUCGCCUCGCUCACGGCUGCCAGUACUCCCCUCAGCCCGCUCUCGUUCCAGUGUGAGUUUGUGAAGCUGCGCAUCGCUGCCCUGCAGGCUCUGUCCCAGCUCCUCUGUACCUGCAGCAGCCUGAAGACCAGCCCCCCCCCGGCCAUCGCCGCCACCAUCGCCCUGAGCUCCGGCAACGAGCUGCAGCGCUGCGGACGCAUCUCCACGCAGAUGCGGGUGUCGAUGGAGGAGUUCCGCAGCCUGGCGGGCCGCUACGCCGAGCUGUACCAGUCCUCCUUCGACGCGGACGCCGCCACCCUCAGGGGCCUGGAGCUACAGCAGCAGAGCUGCCUGCUGAUCUCCCAUGUGAUCGAGGCGCUGAUCCUGGACCCGCACGCCGCCAGCUUCCCGGACUACAGUUCCCAGGGUUCCGAGCAGGCGCAGAGCGAGUACGAGCGGCGGCUGAUGUCCGUUUUCAGCCACGUGCUGGAGGAGGUGGAGUCUCUGAGCAGGAAACACCCCCCUGUCUCCUACCUGCACACGGGUUGCCUGUGUGACGCGGUCAUCGCCCUGCUGAAGGUGCCACUCUCCUUUCAGAGAUAUUUCUUCCAGAAGCUGCAGUCCACCAGCAUCAAGCUGGCUCUUUCCCCCUCCCCCCGGAGCCCCACUGAGCCAAUCCCGGUGCAGAACAACCAGCAGCUGACUCUGAAGGUGGAGGGCGUGGUCCAGCAUGGCUCCGCCCCCGGGCUCUUUAGGAAGAUCCAGUCAGUCUGCCUGAACGUCAACUCCACCCUGCAGAGCAAGUCUGGGCAGGACUACAAGGUUCCGCUGGACACGAAGGCCAAUGAGAUCGAGCGGAGGGUGGAGCCUCACAACGACUACUUCAGCACGCAGUUCCUGCUGAACUUCUCGGUGCUGGGCACGCACGCGGUCACCGUGGAGACGUCGGUGGUGGACGGCAGUGGGAUCGAGUGGAAGACGGGCCCCAGGAGCACCAUGUCGGUGAAAUCGCUGGAGGACCCGUACUCCCAACAGCUCCGCCACCAGCUGCAGCAAUCCCAGCAGCCCCUGCCCCAGCCCGCGCCCCAGCGCAGCGUGUACGCACGCUUCCAGUGACCCCGCCCACCGCGACCAUGCCCCGCCCACCGUGACCAUGCCCCGCCCACCAUCACCACCAUGCCCCGCCCACCGUGACCACGCCCCGCCCACCGUGACAACCAUGCCCCGCCCACUCUAGCCCUGUCCCGCCCACUACACCCAUGUCUGCACCUCAAAAACAGGACUUUUUUUGCAAAUCGCAUUCUCCUGUACAGCAGCAGAAAUGUGCAUUUUACCUGUUGUAGGAAGAAAAGGUUUCUACACUUCAAAUCUGUCCUCCCUGACACUGGCUAAAGUGUAAUAAUGAUGAUGAUUAUUAAACAAAAACCUUAACAA